AUGUCUUUGCGUUCACAAGCAAGCACAUGCAUUGUCAAAGCUGAAAAAUUCACCUGCUUGGCAAAGAGAGUCAAGCAUCACCAACCCGUGCACUUCCAGCCAUGUUUGACCCCUCGAGGACCAGGGCGUGGCCGCGCCUUCAGUUCGACCAGAUGGAACGCAAAGAGUCAAACAUUAGACAACUUGCCACCUCGCAGAUUCUCCCGUUUGAAAGACACUCCUGCUCAUGAAUUGCUUUGUCUUGAAUGGUCUCAACCACCACGGAACAUCUUGUUGAUCAAAAAAGACCUCUCUGAAAAAACCACAGAGGCCCUCAAAGAAUUCAGCAAGCAUGUCAGAUCCACAUACUCGGAGAUCAACAUCAUCGUCGAGCCGAAUGUAUCCUCAGAAAUUGGUGAUGAGCUACCCGGGGAUCACUUUUCCUGCUCGAACUCGGCGGACUCGACAAAGCAAUACGACGAUAAGGUCGAUCUUGUUGUCACAUUUGGAGGGGAUGGAACAAUCCUACACGCCGCAUCGCAAUUCGCGGCGUCGUCGAAAGUGCCGCCGAUUCUUUCCUUCAGCAUGGGUACCCUCGGCUUUCUCAGCGAGUGGAGAUUUGCCGAGUACAAGCGAGCGUUCCGAGAAGUUUACAUGUCAGGCGCUGCCUCUGAAAGACAUGCUGUCAUAGAAGGCUCGGCUCAAAAUGAAGCCCUUCCGCAAAGUGAUUGUACCGGCUGGUCCUCAAUCCGUGGCAAGUCCAUGGGUCCCACAAGAGGAGCAAGGGUUCUGGUCCGACAACGUCUCAAGGUCGGCAUUUUCGAUGCCAACGGCAACCGACUAACUACCAACGGAGAUAUCGCCCAUGACACGCACGCAAUGAACGAAGUCAUCCUCCACCGAGGUCGAGAUCCGCAUCUUGCAAUCGUUGAUGUUUAUGUCGGAGGUCGCUUUCUCACCGAAGCUGUCGCCGACGGCAUGAUCAUCUCCACACCCACUGGAAGCACAGCGUACAGUCUCAGCGCUGGUGGAAGCAUCAUACAUCCGUUGGUGCCUUCUUUGCUCCUUACGCCCAUCUGCGCGCGAAGCUUGAGUUUUCGGCCUCUAAUACUACCGGCCGCUACACCGAUCACGCUGAAGUUGAGCGAGAAAAACAGGGGUCGGGAAGUCGAAGUCAGCGUUGAUGGCAUGAGACGAAAAGACAGAAUCGGCGUCGGUACCGAAGUUCGCGUCUCUGCAGAAGAAAUCAGGAGUGAAGCAGAUGGGUUUGUCAGUGGGAUACCUUGCAUAAUGCGAAGAACGGGUGCAGGGACUGAGUCAGACGACGGAUGGGUUGGUGGCUUGAAUGGACUUUUGAAAUUCAACUAUCCUUUUGGUGAAGAAAGCUGA